UUCGCCGUGAACAUGGUGGAUGUGGGUUGGGAGAUUCUAUUUUUCACCUUUCGAAGAAACGACAGCAAUGAUCGAAUUACGGCAUGAUUAUCCUAUAAUGACACAUUUGCCAGCGAACAAUCUUAACAUUCAAGAGAACGAACCAGAUUCCGGGAAGAAGCAUUUAGGAUUUACUCAAAAUACGGAAUCACGCUUGGUCUCGGAAGGCAGUGCUCUAUAUGAUUGUAGAGAAUUUAUUUGUGGCUGGGGUGCAGCCUUUAUUAAUAUUUCAAUUACUUUUCCAAUCAACAAAAUAAUAUUCCGGCAGAUGCUGCAUGGAGUUGGUGUUGGUAGUGCUGCAGGUCAAUUGUCAAGUGAAGGUUUUCAUUACCUCUAUCGUGGGAUUUUACCUCCAUUAUGUCAGAAAACACUUUCCUUGUCUAUUAUGUUUGGUGUGUAUGAAGAAUGUAGGAGACCUCUAGAAAAUGCAGGUGUAUCUCAUUACUUGUCCAAAACCAUUGCAUCAAUGGUUGCUGGUACUGUAGAAGCUACAUUAAUGCCUUUUGAACGAGUGCAGACUUUGCUUCAGCAUCAGCAUUAUCAUAAGCAUUUUCAGAACACAUUUCAUGCUCUUAAGGGAAUAGGUUUCGAGUAUGGAUUAAAGGAAUAUUACCGUGGACUUACUCCCAUUCUUUUACGAAAUGGGCCGUCAAAUGUGUUUUUCUUUUUCCUGCGAGAUGAAGCAAAUUAUUAUCUUCCACGACAUGAUUCAUGGUGGGUACAGGCUUCACGACAGUUUGUGAGUGGUGCUUUAAUUGGUGCAUUCAUAAGUACAGUAUUUUAUCCCUUGAAUGUGAUCAAGGUUCAUUUGCAAAGCACCCUUGGUGGAGAGUUUCAGAAUUUUGCUUCUGCUUUUACUGAACUGUACAAAACAAGAGGAUUGAGAAAUAUGUACAAGGGUGUCCAUAUGAAUUAUACAAGAUCAUUUAUCAGCUGGGGUGUUAUAAAUGCAGCAUACGAAUUUAUCAAGAAACAUGUGUUUUAAAUAAUAAUGCGAUUAUUAGGACAUUAAUUAUACACAUAUGCUGAUCCCAAUUAAUAUCCUGGAGUGUACAGUUGAUAACAGCGCU